AUGCAUGUCAUGCUGCUCCCCUGCUGUGUCCUGGUACUUCUGCUGCCCCGUCCAUGUUUUACGGCGCCCACAUUUAUCUCGGAGGCAUUGAGCUCUCCCUCCGCAGAACCACAGGUUGACUUGAAGCUGGCCACAGAAUACCUUCAGCAGUAUUACAACCUACAACAAGAACCCAUGGGGCGCAUGAAGCGGAGCGGGCCCACCUUCACCUCCAAAGUGAAAGACAUGCAGAUGUUCUUUGGGCUCAAUGUGACGGGUGUGCUAGACGUAGACACCGUGGAGGUGAUGAAGAGCCCUCGAUGUGGCGUUCCAGAUGUGGAAGAGUACAGCCACAUUCAGCCAACACGCUGGAACAAGAACGUCAUCACCUACAGCAUCGGCAGGUACACCAGGGAUUUGCCUCGUAGCACUGUGGACUCUCUGGUUGAGUCAGCGUUCAGCAUCUGGGCCAGAGCCAGCGGCCUGACGUUUGUAAAGUCAAACACCCGCAACGCUGACAUCAUGGUGGAGUUUGUGACCUACGCGCAUGGUGACUUGUAUCCAUUCGACGGACCCAGUGGCACGCUGGCUCAUGCCUUUGGUCCAGGGUCGGGUGUUGGGGGCGACACCCACUUUGAUGAUGAUGAGCACUGGACUGCAGGAGGAACAGGCUUUAAUCUUUUCGUGGUAGCUGCACAUGAAUUUGGCCACGCUUUGGGACUAAAGCACUCCAGAAACCCAGACUCACUGAUGUACCCGACCUACAAGUCCUCCCAUCCUGCCAACCUCCUAUCCAGAGAAGAUGUAGCAAAUAUCAACACACUUUACAGCCGAGCCCGAGGUCGUCAGAGUCACUUUCCGAGGUACGACUGGAGCUCUCAGUAUAACCAGUGGAUGUCAGGAUCUCUGUUCCCUCGACUCCUGCAGAACAAAUGUUCUCCAGACAUGACCUUUGACGCAGUGUCCACUCUCGGGGACGCCACUUUCUUUUUCAGAGAAAGAUACCUCUGGAUUAAACACAACGAACAGUUCGACAUCAAAGAAGGUCCCAUCACCAACUUUAUGCCAAAGAUUGAAACGAGCAUCGAUGCUGCUUUCUGGGUACCUCGCAGAUCCACUGCUUAUCUUAUUCAUGAGACCAUGUUCUGGACAGUGAAAGGUUCUCUUGUGAAGGGGAAGCCCAGAGCACUCAGCCACUUUGGAUUUCCAGUCUGGGUUCAGGAAGUUGACGCAGCCGUGCACAUAGUGAAAACAGGACGCACACUUUUCUUCAUGCAUGACAUCUACUGGAGUUACAAUGAAAACCGGAGGGUUAUGGACUUCGGUUAUCCAAAGUACAUCAACGAGGAUUUCCCAGGAAUCAACUCGACAAUAAAUGCUGCUGUUUAUAAAGAUGGUUUCAUCUACUUUUUUCUCGGACCACAAGUCUACAAAUACGACUACACCCAGAAACUUGUUGUCGCAGUUGAGAAAGCUAAUUCCUGGCUCGGAUGUUGAAAGAUUCUGCUGUAAAUCCACGAACAGG